GGUCCUUGUGCAGUUGAAUAUGCUAUAAUGAUUGAUGCUGAUUUAUGGUCAGAUCCAACAGCUGAUGAACUUGUCCAGCGUCAUCGACUUCACUCAUCAACAAGCAAUAGCUCAAGUACUUCUACUCGCCCACCCUUAUCAGUAUUGCGAGGUGGGAGUAGUAUUGUCAGUAGCACGGAGAGUUAUUCACCUACUCUUUGUUCAUUUGGUCGAGAUUACAUAUAUUCGCUUCAUCAAAAUGUAAAAUAUUCUCUUCUAUACGGUAAGAAUAAUGUUCUCGUAACGGUGGCUUCAGACACCGAUCCACUCAAAGGAUAUUUGUCAUUACAUCAGAAUUCUCCUGGAAAUGUGACUGUUAAAUGGACGCCAAACCAACUUAUGCAUUCUAGUUCGGAACCUAAUUCUGCUGCGAUUGAUAUUCCACCUCAUUAUGAUAAUAAUUGGUUAUGGCGACAUACAAUUAAUAUCAAUAUUAACGAUAUUAUUUAUAUUCAUAUUCAUCAGCAAAGUGAAGAUUCAUCGCCAUCAUUGAUAUUUAUCGGGACUGAUGGUGUGCAACAUUCACCAAUGCAUUUUCCAAUUGGACAACAUAUCCUCGCCUUUCUAUCCUGUUUGGAGAGCGGGUUGAUGCCGUACAAUCGUCUCGAUCCUCCAUUAUGGAUAUCUAAGGAAAAAGGUAAGAUUCUGCCGAAAUUGCGUCGUCGUUCGAGUAUUUCUAUGUUAGAUUCGACAAGUAACACUGAAGGACAAGAGCUGCAUGAUUACGUAUUUCGAAUAAUUCCAAUAUCAGUGCCAACGAUGAACAUCUUCGUGCAGAAUACUGGCAAUAACUCUAUAACCGACCUGGUUCUUGAUGAACUCGUCACCGUUCAAGAAUCACCGAAACAAUUCAUGGACGAAAAUAAGUGCGCAAGUUCAAUGGUAGCAAGACGUACGGAAAGCGAUAAUACACAAGACAGAACUGUCAGACAGAAAUUAAACAAUGCUUGCAUGUCGAUGAAAACUCAAAUUCUCGCUCGAGCUUUUUAUGGAUGGAAAUCGUACUGUUGUCAUUUACGAACCAUAAGGAUGCAUUUAUCCGGGCUUUUUAUUAAUGAUCGAACGGUUGUGAAAACCACUUCUGAACCAGUGAAUGAAGCAUUUUGGUCAAAAUGCCGUUCAGUUAAAUCUGAAGAACUCGAGCGAGAAUGCUUACUAAGAAUUUAUUAUAACGGCAUAGACGGAAAGGCUUCAUCGAUACUUCGAAAGCAAAUUUGGCCAUAUUUACUGGGUCUGCUGAAAUGGAAGGAAGAUUUGGUCGAUAAGCUGGGGAUUUUAACUGCGAAGUAUAAUGACGACAUUGAAAAAUGGAAAAAAAUAGAAUUGAUUGUUCAGAAAAAGGACAAAGAAGCACUAGCAGCUGGUUAUGCUGAAUUAGAUUCUUCCAAUUGCGAUAAUGAAAUAUCCCAUGAGAAUGAUGCGAGAUUUUCAAAAAUGAGCAAGAAAGAUAAUUUAAUUCAUGAAUUCGGUGUUAAUCUGCAUCGAGUGAUAAAAGACGUUGAACGUUGCGAUCGGACUUUUUCAUUCUUCGCUGAAAAUGACAAUUUAAUUAAAUUAAAGCGUGUAAUGUGCACAUAUAUAUGGAGAAAUCUAAAAGAUGGAUAUAUCCAAGGAAUGUGCGAUCUUGCAGCUCCAUUGCUUGUUCUCUUCAAUGACGAAGCAUUGACUCUUGCGUGUUUUGACCGUUUAAUGUUGAAAAUGAAAUUGAAUUUCCCGCAGAAUACAGGUAUGGAUGACAACCUCGCCAAUAUGCGAUCACUCAUACAGGUUAUCGAUCCCCAAUUAUAUGAAUUUAUGUCAACUAAUGGUGAUUUUACUCAUCUUUAUUUUUGUUAUCGUUGGUUUUUAUUGGAUUUUAAACGUGAAUUUACUUAUUCUCAAAUAUUCAAUGUAUGGGAAGUUAUAUGGGCUGUGUCAUCAUUAAUAACACCCCAUUUUCAACUUUUUAUUGCGCUUGCAUUGAUAUCAAAUUAUCGCCGCGUUAUCAUAGAUAAUAAAAUGGAUUUCACGGAUGUUAUAAAAUUUUUUAACGAAAUGGCCGAACACCAUAACGUUGACGAGGUGCUUGAUUCUGCACGAAAUCUACUCGAACGAUUACAAAAUAUAAUUUAUGAACUCAACGAAAAAUCAUAA